UGGUCUGGUUGCUAACGUUAUCCUAGUGUCUCGCUGGUACCUCGUUUGCUUCUCUCCUUUCUUCGCUGUAACUUCUGUGUUUCCAUUUACAUAUAGAGAUUUACUUAUUGCGAGACCGAUUAGCUAUACAAAUGUAGACAAAGUUUGAACGACAACUGCUACGUAAAGCAGCUAAUCCUCGGUCAAAUAGCUUUAGCAUUUCAAUUUGAACAUAGCGAAUUUAGCUAAUCUUAUACUGAUGGCAGACGGUUGGAAUAUAAACACCGGAGAAGCUGUUUACCGGACGCGCGAUUCUAUAAAAAACCUCAGAAUAAAGGUGCGGAUUGAGAGACUGACCUCCGCUGCAGUCAUCUCCCAGCACCUUCAGCAGAAAGUCCUGACCCAGCAAAACAGAGGAGACAUUGAACUGGAAACCCUCUCCUCACAAGGACAUGCAGUAUCCUGUGUGUCAAUAGGUGACAGUGAGGAGGAGCUGGUGGUGGGUUGGCUGGAGAAACUCUUCAGUCAGUAUGAGAUGGAAUUGUUUCAAAAUGAAGAGGUCCUACAGAGCCCUCUGGACCGACAGUACCAUGCAGAAAUCAAGGCCCUGAACCUAGCUAAGGGUCGACGAAAUCGCAGGAUUUUCACUUGCAGUGACUAUGACCGCUACACCAACUCUCUGCCUUUGAAGCAACUGAAAAACUCUUCUGACAUACUGACCUCUACCGAAGUGGGCCCCACACUGCUAGCUGAAAGGAUGGCCAAUGUGAGACACAGACGCCAGGACAGACACAACAUGGACUUAACCAUCCCAAAGUCAAAGCUGAUCACGUGGGAGCCCACAGAGGAAUUUGUAAGGAGCUGCCAUGUGGUGAACAAUGCCAUGCAGACAAUGUACAUUAACGCAGAUCUUGGUCCUCCUGGAAGGCUGGGUGACAAAAACAAUGAAUAUGUACUGGUAACCAUAAAAACAGAUGAAAAUGGAACAGUCAUUGUGAAGCCAGACUUCAACAAAGACAAGGAGCCCUACAGGAUUGUGACAGAGGGUGAUAAGAGAGAGGUUUGGUGUCUUACAGUGGAGAAUGUCUCCAAAUCCAUGAAAACUGAGGAAAAGGACAAAGAGAGCAACAUGUACAAAGAUCUCUAUGUUCGACACAAAGAUUACCUCAACAGCCUAAUAGGACAAGACUUUGAAGUACUUCCUGUAGGAACUCUGCGCUACCUGAUGAAUGGAGAGAUCACCACUGCCAAAGGUUUUGAGUAUGAUAAUCUUUACAUCCAUUUUUUCGUGGAACUACCCAAUAACUGGUCCAGUUUAAGAUCACAGUCCCUUUCGGGGGUAACCCAGGCCUGCCGGACAAAAACAUUAGGAAAGGAUAAUGUAGCAUUCUUCAGUUACCCCUUCAAUUUCGAGGCUUUCUUCAUGAGUGAAAAAGAGAAUGAAGAGUGCAUUCUACAGUGGCCUGUGCUGUACUUCAAGGUUCUGUCUCUGGACUCGUGGCAGUGCUACCGAACUGAAGGUUAUGGAUAUCUGCUUUUUCCUGCUACAGCCGGUAAACACACAGUUACGUGCAAUACAUGGAGACCCCUUCAGUCAGGCACAGUCUCUGCACUGAGGCGCUUCUUUAUCGGUGGCUCUCCAGAGCUCGAAGAUCACAGCUAUGUCCGUGUACCAGGGACCUUAAAGGGAGAGAGGCUUAGUCGCUUUGGCUUUUGGACUGAAACCACAGGAAGUGUCGCCUUUACUCUGCAUUGCAUCCAGCAAUCCAGAGCCUUUGUUGAUGCCACCCUGAUGAAGAAGAGGAGGCAGCAAGUUUUUGACCAGCUGGGAGGAUUCAGUCAGCAAGGAGCUGUCUGCAACAUUCUUGAGGCCUUCCAGAGAGCCAGGAGGAAGAUGCAAGAAGCCAGAGAAAAUCUUCCCAGAGACCUCAUAAACACUGCCUCACAACUCCAAACCCAACCACAGCAUCGGCCUUAAGAAACUGUCAGUCAGUAAAGUAUAUCAAAGCUGUCCAAAGGAAUCUGGAUUCACUUUUGUUGGAUGGCAUUAAUUGAGUUUCCAGCCAAAUGUAUCACAAAUUUGGACUGUAUUUUCAGAAAAAUAAUUAAACAAAAUGUAAAUUUAUGGACAUUUCCAUUCACUGCUUUUAAAUCUUUACAAUUGGUUUCUUCAACAUGAUUUCGAACUGUUCCAGUUAGAUGCUGUAUCAUACAAUAACAUUGUACCAUAGCUGUUGAUUUAGGAGCUGAUAGAUGUUAAUUAAACCAGAGACUUGUUUUAGUUUUUGCCCCCUUGAUCCAAACUGUUGGUCUUACUCAAACAUUAUACAGUUGUUACAAACUCUUCCACAGUUUCUAAAAACUUUUCAUACAUGGUGGAAUACUGUUUUUAUUUCCAUCUAAUAUGUAAUCUCUGUCUGUUUCCUGUGUUAAUUCAGGGAGUCUUGUCAUUGGUCCAAACACCCACAGACCUAUUCACUACAUGUGUUUACUUUUGGACUUGCAUCAACUUUUCUACCUCUCCCAGACAUUUAAAAAAAAUAAGAUAUUUCAUAUUUUUCAUGCAUGCAUUUCCACCUAGGUGAUUUUAUUCAGCAAUUGCAAAUGGAACUAAAACCAGCAAGAUGGAAAUGCAUGCAUGAAAAAACGAAAUAUCGUGUUUAAAAAAUACGGUAUUUCAUUUUUUCAUGCAUGCAUUCCCUUUUAGGUGGGUUUAUUCAGCAGUUGCAAAAAGGAAUAAAACUAGCAGGGUAGAAACACCUAGAACUACUGUGACAUUUUCACAUCUUGAUAUAAGUUGUGUAUUGUGCUGACAUCAGUUAUAAAAUUACAUAAUGAGUCAUU